AUGCCGCUUAGUGAAAUCGGGUGUAAUUAUUUAGAAUUGGCAGAAUUUAGAGCAAAAAGGCAUCAGCAAUUGGAAUCUAAGUCAAAUGCAACUGAUAUUCUUGCACAAUCAUUAUAUUGGCUUGGUUUAGAUGAAGAAAGUACUGUAGCACAACAAAAACGAAAUCAGUUACCUGAUCACUCACAAUUAGAAGAAAUUCUUACAAGGUGGUUUGACCUUGCAUUAGAAAACCAUUUAACAAUUACAGGAUUAAUUUUACAAGAAAAGGCCAAACAGAUAGCAGCAGCUUUAAAUAUUCAAAAUUUUGCUGCAUCUGAUGUUUAUACAUCACAUUGUGGUGAAGCCACUAGUGCUCCAAUUGAAAGAUUAUCUGAAUUUUGUCUAUCUUUACAAAAUGAAACAUCAAAUUAUAAUCCAAUAGAUAUCUAUAAUUGUGAUAAAACAGCACUUUAUUGGUUUUUAGAGCCUUCAAAAUUACUUACUUAUGGCCAUAUUUCAGGAAUUAAAAAACCAAAAAAUCAUAUUACUGUAAUGUUAACAUGCAAUACAGUUGGUGAUAAAUUAUUACCACUUUUUAUUCAUAAAUUUGAGAAUCCGCAUGCAAUAAGAGGAAUAAAAAAAUCAUUAUUGCCUGUUCAAUAUUAUUGGAACAAAAAAGCAUGGAUGCAAACUUCAAUUUUUCAAAAUUGGUUAUCUGAUCUAGAUCAACGUAUGCGCUAUGCUCAUCGAAAGAUUUUUUUACUUUUAGAUAAUUGCUUAGCACAUUCUAUUAAAGGUUUAAACUUACGUAAUGUUAAAGUAGUUUUUUUGCCAGAACGUACUACUACAUGGUUACAACCAUGCGAUGCUGAUCCUGUAACAAUUUAUGAUGCGAUUCAAUUUGUUGCACAAGCUUGGAAUAAAGUUUUCAAAGAUACAAUUAUCCAUUCUUGGCAUAAAACAGGUAUUCUUCCUUCUAUGGAAACUAAUGAAGAUGCAAAUUUAGAAACUAUUGAUCUUACUAAUGAAGAAGAAAUUGAGUUAGAAAAUCUUAUUUCAUGGUUCCAAAUUUCAAAAAAUUCCAAAAAUUCUGAAGACUUAAAUAUUUCUUUAUAUGAAUUUAUUGAGAUUGAUAAUAAUUAUGCAAUAGGUGAAAUGCCUACAAUUGAAGACAUUAUAGCGGAAAUACAAGAAAAUGAGUAUGAAGAAGAAUCAGAACAGCAAAUUAAACCUGUUAUGGCAAUUCAAGCUAUUACAGGAUUGGAUUCAGUAUUAGGCUAUAUUGAACAAUCUGAACCAAGUAUUGAAAUCGAUAUUAAAGUUUUUGCUAUAUAUGAAAAGAGCUAG